AUGGAGGCAGGCGACAACCGGAGGGAAACAUUGCUGCCCAUAACGAGUAGUAGUAGUCAGUCUCAUGAGUUGGAUGAGUUGAAGCGUUGUAUGUGGUGGUUAAAGUGGGUGUCGGAAGAUAGUGGAUGGACAACCUUUCUGUCUUGGUUGGCGUUCAUCGUUUUUGCCAUCGCUGUGCCUUGUUUAUCUCACUUCUAUCUCGCUUGCAGCGAUUGCGACAGCAACCACAGCCGGCCUUACGAUGCGAUCGUCCAGCUUUCACUCAGUGCCGUCGCGGCCCUCUCUUUUGCCUGUCUCUCUCAGUUCUCCAGGCGAUACGGCUUCCAGCGUUUCCUGUUCGUGGACCGGCUUUAUGAGGAGAGCGAAACGGUCCAAAAAGGAUACACGGCGGAACUUAACACGUCGUUUCGUAUGUUGUUGAUCUUGGUAGUACCUUGUUUCUUAGUGGAGUCCGCGUACAAGAUCUGGUGGUACGCUUCGGGCAGUGGGACCCGCGUUCCCUAUAAAGUAGGGAAUACGGUCCUCUUGAGCGACACUUUCGCGUGCAUCAUCGAACUUGGUUCGUGGCUGUACAGAACGGUGUUGUUCUUCUUGGUGUGCGUGUUGUUCCGCUUAAUCUGCUUCCUUCAGAUUUUCCGAUUGCAACACUUUUCGUCGCAAGUCUUCAAAUUGGAUUCCGAUGACGUUGUGUCGAUAUUAAGAGAACACAUUAGGAUCAAGAGGCACUUGCGAGUCAUAAGUCAUAGAUACCGGCUGUUUAUAACAUUGACAUUAAUUUUGAUCACGGUGAGCGGAUUCUUGUCUUUGCUUAUGGUUACUCGCCCGAGUGCGCAACUUAACCUUUACGAAACCGGCGAACUCGUCGUGUGUUCUGUCAGUCUCAUUGCCGGUUUAGUGAUCAUCUUUAACAGUGCGACUAAAAUCACGCAUAAAGGCCAAGCUCUAACCAGCCUGGCCGCCAAAUGGAGCGUUUGCGCCGAGGUCAAAUCGUUCGAUAACGCCGAGGAAGCAGAGACUCCGGUAGUUGCUCGGAACCACGUUUUUGAUGAUGAUGAUGUAGGUGAUGAGGAGGAGGAGGACGAGAUUGACAACACCGACGAUGUCAUGUUGUUUAACAGUAGUACCAUGGAUUUCCAGAAGAGACAAGCCUUGGUGACGUAUUUUGAGAACAACGUAGCUGGAAUUACGCUGUAUGGGUUUAUGCUGGACAGGACUUAUUGCGCGAAUGUCUUGUUUGGUGUAGAGUUCUCUCUUUUGCUUUGGCUGCUUGGAAAGACGAUUGGUAUCUCUUAG